AUGUACAAAGGAAAACAGUCCAAAGCAAUUGGCAGCCUGGACUAUAAGAAAGUGCGUUUAAAAAAAGGCUCCAACUGGAACAGUUUUUGUCCGAUCCUAUUCACAAUACUCACAAUAUUGAUCUGUUCGGCGUGUGCGAAUCGUCCGCCGCGUUUUGCUAUCGAUGGACAGUCGGAGAUUGUGCUAAGACUGAAAGAGAGUCCCGAGACGAAGGUGGGCAGUCACAUAUACACGCUGCGAGGCUAUGAUCCGGACAACGAUCCACUGAUCUUUGGCAAGCGCAACUCACACGAUAGCGAGAUCAUUCGCAUUGAGAACACGGGCGGCACUGAGGCUAAGGUCUUUCUGGCCAAGGAGCUGGAUCGUGAGACGCAGGAUGAGUACGCCAUCGUGCUCACCCUGACGGACAGUCACUUCAGCGACCACAAUUAUGUGACGCAGAGCUUUCUGCUGCUCGUCGAGGACAUUAACGAUAAUGCGCCCAUCUUUCUGCCCUAUCCGAACGCCAUUGAAAUACCCGAGGGCAGUGCAUCGGGUGUGAUUAGCACACUGGAGGCCACCGAUGCCGAUGAAGGUGCCUACGGUCAGGUUGUCUACUAUCUGCAAGAGCUGGACGGCGAUAACGAUAUUUUCAGCAUUUCCACGCAUCAGGGCAAGGGCAUAUUGCGACUGCAACGAGAGUUGGACUAUGAGAAGAAGAGCCUGUAUCAGCUGCGCAUUCUGGCCAUUGAUCGCGCCAAUCAGGGACCUGUUAAUACGGGCACGGCGGCCAUUUUGGUCAAGGUCAAGGACAUUGAGGAUCAGCCGCCCGAGUUUGUGGAGGUGCAGGCUGUGGCACGUAUUGCCGAAGAUGCACCUGUGGGCACAAAGGUGUUGCGUGUGCGUGCCAUCGAUGGUGAUCGUGGCAUCAACAAUCCCAUUGCCUACGCUCUGGACGGCAAUGAUCUCUUCGAUAUCGAUACACACACGGGCGUUGUCUACACGCUGGCCGUGCUGGAUCGUGAGGAGGAAAGCGAUCACGUCAACGGUGCCCACAUAUUGAGGAUCACCGCGACGGAGCUGUCAAAGAACUCAGAAGAAACCCAACAAGGUCCUGCGACGGUACGCACCGAGGUGACGAUCAUUGUGACCGAUGUCAAUGACGAGAUACCCACCUUUGGUGAGGCCAUCUAUCGCUGUGAGGUCAAUGAAAAUGCCCAGAGCAAUACUCCGUUGAACUUCAUCGACGAGGAGGUGCAGAAUUUCGUUUACGAUCAUGACGAAGGCAAAAAUGGAACAUUUCGUUUAUUUCUCGAUCCGCCCAACGAUCUCUUUGAAAUUGUGCCCGAGCUGGCGGUAAAUGAGGCGAACUUUAUGUUACGCGUAAGGAAUUCAAAAUCCCUUGACUUUGAGCAGUUUAUAGAAGUUAAUUUUACCAUAUUUGCGCGCGAGAUCGAUGAGCCGACUCGCUGGAGUUCGGCUCACGUGCAGAUCUUCGUACGCGAUCAGAAUGACAAUUUCCCAGAGUUCACACAAGCGAUCUACAAUGCAGGCGUGCCCGAGAACAGCGAACUGGGCACAAUCAUCACCAAGGUGGACGCGGUCGAUGUGGAUUCCGGAGAUUUCGGAACUAUGGGCAUACGAUAUACAAAUCUAAGAGGCGGCAUUGCACACUUACUACAUUUGAAUCCCAUAACGGGCGUGGUAACUAUCAAAACUCCGGGGAGUGCUGCUUUCGAUCGGGAGAUUAUUUCCCGUCACUAUUUAACGGUCGAGGCGAUAGACAAUGUGGGUCAGGGCAAUCGCAAUACCGCCCAGAUCAUCUUGGAUAUUCAAGAUGUCAACGAUAAUGCGCCAAUCUUUCUACAUCGUCAGUAUGAGGCAAAGCUUUUAGAGAAUAAGGCCGAAUUUGAGACGCCUCUCCAAGUGGAAGCUCGCGAUCUGGAUUUGAAUGGCACAGAGAACAGCCAGAUAACCUAUGAGAUUGUCGAGGGACUCUACCGUAUGAACUUCACUAUUGAUCCGGCAAUUGGUCUGAUACGGCCCUUGCAUCACUUUGACUAUGAGGAGCUCGUGGAUAGCCAUCGGCAUCCUCUGCGUCAGGCCAAUGCGGAUAUGCGAGAGAUUGAUCUGCUUGUACGCGCCCGGGACUCGGGUAUACCCAUGCUGUCCACCGUCGUGCCCGUUCUUAUUUACGUACAGGAUGUCAACGACAAUCCGCCCAUCUUUCAGAAGAGUUUCUAUGCCAAGACUGUGCCCGAAGAUCUGCCCGGCGGCAGCUCCGUGCUGCAGGUGCUGGCCAUCGAUCGCGACGGUUCCUCGCCCAACAACGCGGUCGUCUAUCGCAUACAAACGGGCGCCAGCGACAAGUUUAUUAUAAACUCGGAGACAGGUGUUAUAUCUGUGGCUCAAGGUGCCAACCUAGAUCCCGAUCUGACCGAAAGCAAACGCCUGAUCUACACUCUGAAUGUGCUCGCUUUAGACGGUGGCCUGGGCAGCUCUCAACUGAUGAAUACGGCAAUGGUGAACAUAAGCAUCCGGGAUGUUAACAAUAAGCCACCAAUGCUGCAGGACCUACCAGCGCUGCAUAUAGUGGAGAACACACCCGUUGGCGCAUUGGUCUAUCACAUUAAAGCCACAGAUCCCGAUCAGAAUCCCAUACUGCGCUAUAAGCUAAACGCUGCGCAUUCGGAGGCACGCAACGAGGAGGGCGGGCUGGUGAAGAUCAGUGAAUACGACUACCUAGGCGCCUUCGAACUGGAUGCAAUACAGGGCUAUUUGAAGGUAAUCAAAUUGUUGGAUCGUGAGAAAGUGGAGCACAUCAAGCUAGCCAUUGCCGUUGAGGAUCUGGCAGCAGCCAAGGGCCGGCAAAUUGUGGAAGCUUUCCUGAGCAUUCAAAUACAGGAUGAAAACGAUAACAAUCCCAAGUUCAGGCAACCUUUCUACAGACAAACGAUCACCGAAAACAGCAUCAAUGGUGUCCUGAUUGCCAAUGUGCUGGCCUACGAUGUGGACAAGAACCGCACCAUCACCUAUGCACUGGAGGGCAAUCCCAUCUACCGCAAUCUGGUCCACUUGGAUGCACAAACAGGCGAAAUCGUGGUGGCCAACAAGAUCGAUCACGAGCAGUAUCAGUGGCUAAAUUUCAGCGUGCGCGCCACAGAUGGGGGUGUGCCCACCCGAUCGGCCCUGGUGGAUGUCUACGUGACCGUGUUGGACGAGAACGACAACAAUCCCUACUUUAUAGGUGGUAGCAAGAACUAUACGAUCAGCGAGAGCGCUGCGCCAGGCACGCGGGUAGCCACAGUGCAGGCAGCCGAUGCCGAUGCGGGCGACUUUGGCAAGAUCACAUUCUUGAUGGAUCGCAUUAGCUCUCAGGGCAAGUUUACGAUAGAUGCCGAUACGGGCGUAUUGACCGUGGCCGAUAAGCUCGACCGGGAGACCAAGAACUUUUACAAUCUAGUGAUCGAGGCCUGGGACAAUUAUCAGUUUGGCUUCCUGGCCGGCGAGAGUCGGAAUGCCUUCAAGCAAGUGUUCAUUACCAUAUUGGAUGAAAAUGAUAACGCGCCUGAAAUCAGUUUGCCCACAAGCUGCGUUCUCAUCACCGAAUAUCACGAGCUGCACGAGAGUAUUGCCAGCAUUGUGGGCAAAGAUGCGGAUGAUGCUGCGACGCCAAAUGGACGCCUUGAAUUUGCCAUCACCAAGGGUAACAGAGAGGGUCUCUUCGAGCUAAGGCAACUCGAUCCAUGGAACGCUCAGAUUUUUGCCAGUAAAACGCUGCGCAACAAAUUUGGCAACUAUAGCCUGACCCUUAGCACAAAGGAUUUGGGUGUGCCUGCCAACAUAGUGUCGAGCACGCUGGACAUUUGUGUCUCGGACUUUAACGAUAAUGCGCCCGUGUUUGUGAGGCCCUUGCACAAUACGACGGUGCGCAUACCGGAGAAUGCCACUGUGGGCACCAUGAUACUGCAGGCCUAUGCGAGUGAUGCGGACAUGGGGCAGAAUGCGCUGGUGCGCUAUCGCCUAAAACCCGAUCCUCUGGGCAGCUAUAAGCUGUUCGAGUUGAAGGCCAGCACGGGCGAGCUGUUCCUGAAAGAGCGCCUGAAUCGCACAAAGCAAAAGUUGCAUGAGAUACGAAUCGAGGCCUACGAUCAAGGUUUACCCACAUCCUUAAGCACAGAUCUCGACCUAACCAUCUACGUACGCAAUGUCAACGACUAUGAGCCGCAGUUUGUUGUAAAUGAGAUCUCUCUCAACUUCACGGAACACUCUGAUCCGGGCUCUGAGCGCAUAAAGCUACCCGACACCAUAGAUAAGGAUGAAAUGGAACUAGAUGAUCCCGAUGAGACGCCCACGCAAGUGUGCUAUUUCAUACUGCACGGCAAUGAGGCGGGCUACUUCCGUCUGGAUCCCGAGUCGCAUGUGCUGACUGUCGAGCGAGAAUUGGAUCGAGAGUUGAUCUCCAAUUUUACCUUGUACAUAAAGGCCACGGAGAACUGUGCCAACGACACGCUGGGCCAGAAACGUCGCCUGGGCAUACAGAUUGACAGCAAGAUGAAUAGCAAACAGCCGGGUAUGUUGAAUGGCCCAGAAUUCACCUACGAUCGGUUCAAGCAUUCGCGCCAGCUGCGCGCCAUUGACCUAGACUACGAAACGUCCUCAUCCGUCGAGCCGGAAACGCAAUCCUAUGAAAGCUAUGUGGAGAAUGUGCAGAAUGUCCAGACGCCACAGCAGCCGCCCAAAGUGGACAGCACCAUUGUGUGUGUGCUGGUGCGUGUACUGGACAUCAAUGAUAAUCCGCCCAAGUUUCGCUCAAAGAUUUUCACUGGCGGCAUUACAACUAGUGCAGAUUUUGGGCUGAGUUUCAUGCGAGUGGAAGCCUCUGACCCGGAUGAGGGUGAAAAUGCAAAAAUUUCCUACUAUCAGGUGGGCGAGAUAAGGCAAACGCUCUCCGAGGGUAUGGAGAAUGUGCGCAAGGCACCAUUUCUGAUCGACCAGAAUACAGGCGAGGUGAUGCUUAACUUCGAUCCGCAGAAGGGCAUGAAAGGCUACUUUGAUUUUAUGGUGCUGGCCAACGAUACGCUGGGCAUGCGGGAUGUGGCCCACGUGUUCAUCUAUCUGCUGCGCGAGGAUCAGAAGGUGCGCUUUGUCUUCCGCCUGCAGCCGGACGAACUACGCUCCAGAAUUGAUACGUUCCGAGACACUCUAGGCAACAUAACCGAGUCCAUUGUGAACAUUGACGAGAUCAAAGUGCACGAAAAUAAGGAUGGAUCGGUGGACAAGACCAAAACAGAUUUAUACAUGCAUCUAGUCGAGCGCGAGGAUAAUUCCAUAUACGAGGUUUCCGAGGUGCUCAAGCUAAUUGACACACACAUCGAGAGCCUGGACGAUUUGUUCAAGGAUCUAAAUGUGCUGGACACACAGCCGGCCGAGGCGCAGCUGCUGAUAGCCUGCCCGACCAAAGGUGCCAUGUUUGUGUGGCUUGUCUUCACAAAUCUCUUCCUGGCCGCCCUGCUAGUGGUCACCCUGGCGCUGUGCGCCUCGCAGCGCAAAGGCUACAGAAGGCAGCUGCGCGCCGCCAAAGUAAACAUUUUUCGUGGACACUCCUCCACAUCGCUGCAGCAUCCACAUGAGCCCGCCACACGAGUGCCCAAUACUAACAAGCAUAGCGUACAAGGCUCCAAUCCCAUUUGGCUGAAGGGCUACGAGAACGAAUGGUUCAAGACCGAGGAAAAUCUGAGUAUUGGCGGCCAGGACUCUUUGGACGAUAAUUUUCUGGCUAUUGGCACACAGGACCUACACGAAACCCUUAAGGGUACUGCCAAAUUGUUUAACAAUACAAAUGACCUGAAUCGGCAUUUCAAUUUAUACAAUCAAAUUGAUAAACUAACGAAUAAUGCUCAAAUCCUGGCGCGUAAACUGGAAACCACAGAGUUAUAG